AUGACAAAUUUAAAGUUCUGCAAUUAAGUAUAAUUAAUGGUUACUAUCAUCUAAGUUCAAAGUAGUGAAGAGAUGUUCUUAAUUUUCAAUCUUUAGGUAUAUUUAUAACUAAAUAGGGUGCAUGGUAAAUGAAAUAUUUAAACUUGUAGGAAUCACUGGAUUUAUCAGAAAUGCGAUGGCAAACUGCUUUUAUUUUUAAGUAUAUACAAAAUCAUCCUAUUCUUUCUUAGAUUAAGUUCAAUAAGAUCAGCAGAUAUUAUCACAAUUAUUUCCAAUAAGCAAACAAAAUUUCAAAUUAGUAGUAAUAAAUGUAAAUUAUACAUCAAGUUGAGCAAUUUACCUAAGCCUUUGUUUUACUAAAUAAUAUAAUCUGAUGAAGCUUUUUUAAAAAAGAACAUGAUCAACAAAGAAGAAGUAUUUAAUGAGCAGUACUCAUGUUUCGAUGAGUCAGAUAUCGAAAUGGAAUAAGAGCCAGAAAUUGAUCUAGCCAAUUAAUCAUUAGACCUUUCAGGCAUCGAUAAUAAUAACAAUAAUGUAUCUCCAAUAAAGAAGGCCAAUUUUGAAGAUGAUAAAAUUAAUCACUAAAAGUUAAUCUUAGAUUAUUUGGAUCAUUUUUGUCCUCAAACAGAGGACUAAUAUUAUAAAUGGUUGAUAAGUGAAAAAGUAAUUCAUUAUCUCCAACAAUCAUUGCACAUCAACUUAUGGUUCAAUAAGUUGGAUUUGGAAGAAAAGUUUGUUUGGUAGUAAACAAACACUAAUUCCUUUGUGAAAAGAAGGUUUUAAUUGAUUGAAAAUAAAUUGCUUAUUCUUUUGGGAUCAGAAACUUAGGAUAUAAUUGGUAUUUAAUUCUAUAAUUAUUAGAACUUAUCCCGUUAGCAUAUUCAAAAAUACAAGAAGCUCCAAAACAACAAUAUGUCAAUAAAUUUGGAAUUUUUAUUAAAUGUGAUAGAUUGAAGAUAGAUGUCCAAUUGUUUUUUGAUACUCUAAUAGAAUUGCAUCAACUUUAUUGUCCUUAUACUUAGAAAUAUGAAAUUCUAAAUAAAACUAACAAAUCACGCAUUGAAUGUGUUAACAAAACUUUGGGAUUAAAAUUAUCAAUCCAACAAUUCAAAUUGGAUAAUAAUUCUAUUUCGAAUUUAAUUAUUCAUGAUUCAUUGUCAAAUUUCAAAGGUGUAAUCAAAUGUCAUGAAAUCCAAUUUGAAAAUACCACAAACAUAAACUAAAUAUGUGAGAAUAUCCCAUUUACUUUGGAUGAAUAUCUAUCAUAAAUAAAACAAUUAAGUGGUAAUUCAAUUAUAAUAUAUUAGAAUUCCAAAUAAGAUUGAUAGCCAAAUAAUUGCUAGUCAUCUUUAACUAUAUCCAUUUAAUGGGAGUGAUAAUAGUUUGCUUGAAUCCAAAUUAAAUUGGGGUAAUUCCAAAUAAAUAAGAGCCUGAUUCAAUCGAAAAGAUCGCAAUUUGCAACUUCUGCUAUUCUUUUUACCAAUUUAAACUGUACAAUAAACAACAAUUAUCCGAAUUUGCUGCUCCUGAAGCAAGCACAGGAUAAUAGUUUGAUGAAUUAGUCGAUUCCUAUUUAUUAUACAAAUUAUUGAUGUACAUAAUAAGAGGAUAACAAUUAUCUCCAAAUUUUAAGGAUUUUUUGAGUAAAUUGGAGAAGAGAAUUACAAUCGAAAAAGCCCUAUAACAUGAUGUAUUUAAAGAUGAAACAAUAACCACAAAAGCGAUUGAAAACAUGGUUAUAUUAAAGAAUUGAUAAUUAAAAUGAAUAAA